AUGAACUUUUUCAAAUCGUCGUCGUCCAAGAUCAAGACGCCUUCGGAGCUGGUCAGGUCCACGCGCGAGGCGAUCCAACGGCUCGAUUCGGCGUCGACUUCGGCAGAGGGGAAGCGCAAGGUGGGUCGCACCACGAGCUCAGAGACCUGGUGGUUACGAGUCGUCCCAGGGCUGCCCGGGAUCUAGAGUGAUUGAGCGGCUUGGUGGAUAGCACGGAUGAGCUGAGCGAGGCGAUCGUUCACCGACGACGACGAGGAGCGUGCGACACGAGCCGCCGCCGAUGGGGGGGAGCCUACCGGAUGAAGGAACUGAUCAACCCGUGAUCAAUUGGGCAGGCGAGCGAGGACAUGUCCAAGAACCUGUUCCAGAUGAAACUGCUGCUGUACGGCGAUGGAGGUACGCUCCUCUCAACUCAACCUCGCGCGCUCCUCUCUGCUUGAGCCCCACCUGCUGCGCUGCCCGAGCGCCGCGCCGAGGAUGCUGACAUCGACCGUGGCUUUGGCGUGCAGAGAACGAGCCGCAACCCGAGUUGAUCGCACAAUUGGCCCAAGAGGUGUAUGCCAAGGACAUUCUGCAACUGCUCGUGUUGCACAUCUGGCGAUUCGAAUUCGAGGUCCGUGUUCUCGAGCGGGAGGGAUAAGGUUUUCGACCCUGGUACCCGAGUGACUCACAGUGCCUGCCCCACCAACCACCAGGCACGCAAAGAUGUUUCGCAAAUCUUCAACAACCUCUUGCGGAGACAGAUCGGAUCGAGGUGGCCGACGGUCGAGUACCUUUCCGCAAAGGAGGAAACCAUCUUUGCUGCCCUCAAAGGGUAGGUGUGGCGAUCAAAGCUCGAAUUGAUUCGCAGGGGCGCGAAGUCUGAUAUGCUCCUAUGGAAAUAACCCCGUUAUAGAUACGAGAAUGCAGAGGUCGCACUCAACACGGGCAUGAUCCUGCGUGAGAUGCUGCGGCACGAACCUUUGGCGAGGACCCUGCUCUACUCCGACAGGUUGAGUUGCGAUCACAUGCACUGCCCCUUCAUCCUCAACGAGAUCAAUGCUGACACGUUCAUCAUGUUGCUGUAGGUUCUACGACUUUAUCGACUACAUUGAGCAGACAACGUUCGGCAUUGCUUGUGAUGCGCAGGCCAACUUCAAAGUGGGCGCAUGUCUGGAGAAUCUACCACGUUUGGCGACUUUGCUAAUAAACGAUGAGCUUUCCUCGUAGGAAACCUUGACACGGCACAAGUCGAUGGUGGCUGGGUAUCUUGACGAAAACUACGAUCGAGUAAGCGACUACGCCGGAAGAACAAAGAUCGCAAUUGGCCCGUGUCACUGACGUGCCAAUGCUCUUGUUCACAACUCACCAUCGGGGUCGCAACUCUGUUCAGUUCUUCUCCUCCUACGCCCUCCUCGUCCAAUCCACAAACUACGUCACCAAGCGUCAAUCACUCAAGUUGCUCGGCGAGAUCCUACUCGACCGAACGAACUUCAAGGUCAUGACACGGUACAUCGCCAACGAAGAGAAUCUCAAGAUGAUGAUGAACCUUUUGAAGGAUCGGAGCAAGAACAUCCAGUUCGAAGCGUUCCAUGUCUUCAAGGUUCGUUCUGUCCUGCAUGUGGUGGAGGCUGGCGCACCCACGAGCUCACCUGUGAUUGUGUCCCUCGUUCAGGUCUUUGUCGCGAACCCCAAGAAACCGCCGCAGAUCGAAGCCAUCCUCAAACGAAAUCGGAUGAAACUUGUUACAUUUCUGCAAGGCUUCCAUAAUGACCGAGACGGUGAGUGGUCUGGAAGCUGGACUGCAACUGUAAAGGGCGAAGCUGAUUGAUCGGUGAGCCCAAUUUCCCACAGACGAGCAAUUUACAGUGAGUUUUCAACGAUUACCACAAAGAUCUCCUGACCCGUAAGAUGUGAACUGACUUUUUCGCGUCAUUCUCAUCCUCACAGGACGAAAAGGCGUUCCUCAUUCAACAAUUGCAGCAGCUGUGA